AUGACUGUUUAUGUGCUAUCACUUGAGGUCUACAACGGGACAAAGGAGACAUUUUCAUGGAACGAGGCUCGUAAACAAUGUAAGGAAUUGCACACAGCCGCAGAUCUGUUGGAGAUUCACGACCAAUUUACUCAGGACUCUCUGAACGUGGUGAUAUCACUUGUCACUUGGCCAGUGUGGAUUGGACUUCAAAGCGAUGGUGUCAGGUCAAUGCACCUCUCUUCUUACAAGUGGAUUCCUUCGAACAGGACCGUCAACUACACCAAUUGGGCGACUAAUGUGGAAACCUACGUAGAGGCAAUGCCCAAACAGCAUUGUGCAUUUCUGUCAACUUCAAGUCUUCAAACGGGAGCUUGGGAUCACUCGGAUUGCAGCAAAACACGCAUAGGUUUCGGUUGUGAGGUCUCAUUGUUCCCUCCGUCUUCGCGGAAUUCUACCACCCGUCUUGAGGGUGCUAAACCUGCCUGGACAAUGGAAAUUAAUUCAGAUGGCCAGGUUUGCUAUCUGGGUACCUGCUAUCGUCUCCUUUCAAACCUUGAUCCGGAAAUGAGCUUCAAUUAUGCAAAGCAAUUUUGCGGUGAUGCAGAAGUUGCUCUUCCACGUAUCCCUCUGGAACUUAUAUUUCUCAGAAAUCGUCUAGCUUACGCAUCCAACUUUACUCGCGCUUGGGUUGGUAUUGAAUACACAAACACCGAGGAUCGGUUAGAGUUUCCCAGAACGCCCUCUGUGACGUUUUGGCUCACAGACGCCAUCCAUCGCUCGCACCCGGAUUUUCUUAUUCCGCCAACCAACCAAUCAGAAACCAUUUGCCUUCAAAUAGACGUCAACUCCACCCUCUCCACCUCGCCUUUCAUCGCAGUUCCUUGCACAGGUGAUGGAGACGAAGACGCUUUGUCGGUGGCAGCCUUCUGUGCCGCUCCAGAGUCGUCAUUUCCUGGAAGCUGUCCUGAUGGAGGAGAUAGUGAUGACGGUGUGGAAUGGCAUGCAUUUGGCGACAAGUGCUUUGCAGUUAUGGGAGAUUGUGAUGGUGACUCGGUACCAGCAAGUUUGAAGACGCCAGAACUGGACGCUUUUGCUGCAUGGCUACUGCCUCCCAAUCUCCGUUAUAAUGACGAGGUACUCAUUGGAGGAAUUGUUAACACAACCUCACCACUAACAAUCACCUGGCUUGAUGGAUCUAUUAGUGAGGGUUUUAAUCGGUUAAAGCCAUCAUUUUUGAAACGUUCGAUUCCCAAAAAUGGACUCUGUUUGGCCAUUGAGCCGGGCUCUGGAUGCAGAUCAGUAUGUCCAGAGGACUACCUUAUCCAUCGUCGAAGCGAUGGAUCCGUGACUUGUUAUCGUGUAGUUCUCGGUGGAGCUCGAUCUCACGGUCACGAUUGGAGAGCAGCUGAACGCGCCUGUAGAGCAGUUUCCUCGGGUAUGGAACAAAAAGUUCGAUGGAGAGGUAACUUGGCGAGUUUACCGAAUGAGGGAACCGCUGAAGAUGUUAUGUCGCUGCUUCUACGAAACGAUUCUACGAUGGGAAUAUGGGGACAAACAAAUAGUCUACCUGCGCAUAUGGUGAAACCCUCCGAGUUCGUUUGGAUUGGCCUGUCAAAGUCGGCGGACAAACGUUUUUGGAACAAUUGGACCGAUGGUUCUGUUGGAAAUCCUGCAUUUUACGAAGAUCGUAUCCGUCGAAAUCAGUCGUUUUUCCCCGACAGUUCUGGCUACUUCUUCGAUUACGGCACCUGUAUUGCGUUGCAUUUGUUUUCAGGUUUCUGGUACUCUCUAAGGUGUACCCUUGAUCUGGGCUACAUUUGCCAAGCAACUCGGACUUCUUCAAACGAGAAAGAAGUUGGUAUUGACCACUUUGACAUACCAAGUUGUCUCAUUUCACCAAACAUACGAAAUUUUGGCCCAUCCGUUGAGACUGGAUUCAUUCAUGACCCCGAUCUUGAUUGCGUUGCUCCUGGAUUUACUUAUUUUAAUGGUCAAUGUUUUCGGGCAUUCCAUGACAAAUUCAUGCCAUUUGUGGAGGCUCAAGCCUAUUGUCGCGAUCUGGGCUCCCCCUACUCUUGCAACGGGAACGCUGGACUGGCUGUCUUCCGCUCCGAGGCCGAUCAGCUAUUUGUGGCCAGCCAGCUGUCGCGUCUGCCUCAGUUGCCGACAUCGCCUGGGCUCUACGGACGCGGGUCAGCAACUUACGACCGACUGGAGGUGAUUUGGCGACGCUAUCAUUGGAUCGGCCUCUUCCACUACCGUCACGCCUUCCAUUCCGUCAAUGAGCGAGUCCCCUGCUACAUUGCACACGAACUCAACCGAGUACGAAGUCCACUCGCCUCAUCAGCUGAGAGUCCAUUGUGUGUGUCCAUCACGGGUAUUCCUGACACGGAGCACUUUGGCAGCCUCACUUUCGACAUCGGCUGCAACGAGAGCCUCCCAUUUGUCUGUUCUUUCGAGGCCCUAACUAGCCGUUUAGCAGCAAGACCUUCUCCUUCGGUGUGUCCCAAGGGGUACGCUACUCACCAUGCUGCCACUGGUGACCACUGCUAUCGAUUUAUGGGGGAGUGGACGGGAACCUAUGAGGAGGCCAUGACAAUGUGUGCCCAAACUGCUGCUGGAGCGCGAUUGGCGGCUCUAACAACUCCCUUCACCGCUGCAUGGUUGCGCGCUCAUCUUCCUUCUGACCACACUUCAGCCGGUAAAUCUCAUCUUCAGUUAGCAUUUAUUUUCAACCCGACCCCUUACAUCAUAACUAUAAAAGCCCCUUCCUGGACCUCCCUCCUUAAGUCGAUUUCGAUGACAAGCCAUGAGUUGGACAUGGUUACCGUGAACUGCUCACGACGUCUGUCGCCAUUGUGCGAGGCUGAUCCUCUGUUUGAGCCCUCCAUUUCUUUGUACGAACCGAACGAAAGUUAUUGGGCGGUUGAUCAGCACGACUACGCUGGACAUCUUGCCAAGUCAGCAUCGGGAAAAGCAUGCAUUCGUUGGGAUUUAAUCUCUUUAUCCGACCCCAAUGAAAUGGGCGCUCUUCAAAGAGCCUUCCACAACGCUACUCUAACCGCUGUUGUAGCAGCACUGGAAGUCAACCCAGGCGUUUAUACCAGCCUCCAUUCACCAGCCUUUCAACCAGCCCUCAGCUCUGUCUCCAAUUGGUGUCGCAAUCCAGCAGGUCUCCGUGACGGUGCCUUCUGUUACAUUGACGUUGAUAAGUGGGAGUACUGUACUCUCCCGCCACCAUCAACUUCAUCAUCUCUUUCAUCCCCUUUUUUGACAUCUCAAAUUCAUACAUCCACUAUGCCGUUCUCAACGGUUCUUUCAAUUGUGUUCAUUUUUCUCGGUGUUUUCUUCCUUCUCCCUCUCUGCCUUCUGUUUGUCUUCUGCUUCCACCGCAAGAGUCGUAGAGGAUGGGAUUCAACAUCACCAGCGCAAGAAAUACUGUUGCGACGUCUGCCGUUUUCGUGGCGAUGGCGGUGGUCUAGAACUGCCAGUCAGCCCUGCCUGCUUGCAGACAAUGUUUCCUACAGCGCUGGGACUGUGCAAGAGGAUACGAUUAGAGAUCCAACCGUCUAG